AUGUCAGAUCUCAGAGAUGAGCCUGAUUAUGCAGGCAGCGGCAUGAACAGGAGCACAGAUGGCCGGACAUCACUCUCACAUGAGAGCGCAUCUCCCACCACUCAGCGCAAGUCAAGCCAGGCGUCGCCGACCGACCAGCCAAAGAAGAAGCGCAAAGUGAAUCAUGCAUGCGUCUAUUGUCGUCGCUCGCAUAUGACCUGCGAUUCUGAUCGACCCUGCAAACGCUGCAUCAAGAGAAACAUCGGACACCUGUGUCAUGACGAGCCAAGAGAUGGGCACGGAUAUCAGAAGAAAUCAAAGGCCGAUUCAGAUGCUGCUACGGGGGUCGACGAGACGUCUCCUCCAAAGGAUGACUUUUCCACGGCACCAAGCACCCUGCCUGCACCCUCGCUGUUAGAUGAGCCCGGCCACAACCUUCUGCAAGAUAACAAUAUUGGACUGAGACCCCCCACGAAUGACACCAUGCCGGUCGCGACUCCGAGUGUGUCUGCGCCAACUGUAGGGCUCAAUGGAAAUGCCCAACCUCAUUUCGCAUAUAAUGACCCGUGGCUCGGGGUGCAGAACCGAUUUCACGACAUGCACGCCUUCCAUCCUAAUUACAUGUUCAACGCGAACGAGGUUACGGACGAAUACAACUUGCUCAACGACUUCCUUAGUAACAGUCUGUUCGAAGAGACGGGGAUGUAUUCCACAGAAGAGUUCCAGGGCCCGUUCAAUGAUCCUUCUUUCAUGAACUCGAUGGCGGCGUCGGCGAUGACGGUGCCGCCGCAUGAAACCAUGCUCCCGCAAGAGCAACAACUUGAUGGACUACCUCCGGCUCAGAGUAACGCCGCUCAGGCCGCCUUAAUCUCACGACCAUCUAGCGUGAAGCCGGUUUCGGAUAAAGCCAGGGAGAAGUACUACAUGAUGGCGGCGGAUCCGACGGGUGCUGAACCCCCAGAAGAGCGGAUGCAAAAAUUACUCAAAGCCAAAUACGACGCCGGAAUGCUCAGACCAUUCAACUAUGUCAAUGGGUAUGCCAGGCUGAACAAGUACAUGGAGAAGAACAUGAAGCAAUCAUCGCGCCACAAGAUCUUGAUGCAGCUGGAUCAAUUUAGACCGAAGUUCAGGGAGCGAAUGCAGAGCUUGACGGAUAUCGAGCUCGUGCUGGUGGAGAUGUGGUUCGAAAGAAGUCUCAUGGAGUACGAUAGAAUCUUCGCAAGCAUGGCGAUACCGGCAUGUUGCUGGAGGAGAACGGGAGAGAUAUUCCGUGGGAACAAGGAGAUGGCCGAGUUGAUUCAUGUGCCUAUUGAGUCACUGCGUGAUGGUAAACUUGCCAUCCACGAGAUCAUUGUUGAGGACCAGCUGGUUAGCUACUGGGAGAAGUUUUGCGCGAUCUGCUUCGAUCAGCAGCAAAAGGCGAUGCUGACGAGCUGUACGGUGCGAAGUCCGAAUGCCAACGGCGGGCAGGGAGAGGAGAUCCCUUGCUGCUUUUCAUUCACUAUUCGGAGGGAUAAUCAUAAUAUUCCUUCGUUGAUUGUGGGCAACUUUUUGCCGAUGAAUCCGGUGAAGCAUUGA